UUAGCGGAAAAUACAUAUUAGACGAAAGAGACAUACACUAUAAAGAAGAAGGGGCAGAUCUCGGGGAGUGGGAAAUAACGAGCGUUGCAACGUCUGCGAGAGUCGUGUCGCUACUUCCGAGGAAAUAACAUCUUAUAGGAUACUUUGUAGCGAAGAAGUAAAUUACAUUGUAAGAAUGUCAAGACCAAUUCUCAGCAGACCGCGCACACGCGUGUAUGGAUGCAACUAUGACAAAGGGGAAUCGUAUUAUAAGCCAAUGGUCGAUCACUUGGAUCGAAAGUAUAGCUCACGACCACUUUUCUCUGAGCCAAGAAGUUCGUUGGCUGACGAGAUUGCGGCCCGACGAGGCGACAUCGGCACGCGUGACCUCUCCGCCCCUCGCAACAGUCCCCUUGGGCGUGACCUUGACCUUGAAUUAGAUCCUUCCAUCCGCUGCCCGCAAUUACCCACGCCACCCUCCUCGGCCACUGCCGACAACUUGUUCCCCGAAGACGAGGAUGUUGUCUACGACAGCCGUGGGCAGCGUAGUCGGCGCCGGUUCGCCGACAAUUUCGCCAACGACGUCGCGGCGACCACGCAACAUUUGAAAGCGAAACUGGCCGCGAUCGGGUUGGAGGACGAGGUUGUCGACGCCGUGUUGGGGAGAUCGGCGCGGCAACGCGUACGCCAAGAGCAGCAGGAGGCCGGCCACGAGGCGAGGAGGGAUAUCAAGUCGAUGAUCGGAGGCGAACAGGCGGAGACGAACACGUUCAAAAGACGUUCCAAGCUGUUCGAGAACGAGGGGGAGGAGGGUAGGCCAACGGUGCUCGCCAAAUGGUCGAAACUGAUGGACGAGAGCGAGGACUCGAUCGCGGGAAGCGCAGCUGCGACGAGAGCGAGACAGACGAAAGCCCGUUUGAACGAUAUCGAGUCGGAGAUGGAAGAGCUUGCCGAGAGGCGGGCGAAGAGGGAGCGUAGAGCGGCAGCUCUCAGAGCGUUGAUCAAUGAAAAUAUCGCGGAUACGGAAAAUCUUCAGGAGCAAUCUGUCGUUAGCAAAAAGGUUUCGAUACGUGAACGCGCCGAGAAACACGUCGCCUUUUAAAUAACGCUUCUCCCCGAGAUAAGAUUAAAUUAAUUAACGACCCGAGGUAUGAUGGUGAUCGUGUUUUAUUUUUGCCAAAGAAAUAUAUAUAUAUUGUGCGGAAGACCCAUCCAUGUGGAUCUCCUUUCCCUGUUGUUCAUUUUUCAAGUGUAUCUAUCUUUUCUCCGAUCGAUAUCAAGUGUCGCUUGUUCCUUAAUGAUCCUACGGAUAUUCUUUGUAUGUGCGUACAUCAUUUGAUCAUCCUUUUCUUUCAUUGCCCGUGAACAGUAUAUAACGUGAGAAACGAGAAUAUAUAUAUUCGCCACGAAUAAUAUUGAUGAAUCUGUACAAAGUGUAGUAGGACAUUAGCUUAAUAUCGUGAAAAUAUGAUUUUAAUCGAA